CAAUUGUUUGGUCAGGCGGCUCGAAUCCCACAAGGAAAAAUCUAGCCAGAACUGUUAUGACAAGUCUGAUGCGUGAUCCGGGGGUACCCAGUGCUAUGGGCAAGCGCUUAGUUUAACAAACAAUCCACACGUUCGCUGCUGUCUUGCGGAUCCCACCGUCUUCCUUCCUCAGACUGUCAAGAAAAUGUCCUACGCCGCAGAUUUCGGGCGCACUGUUUUCGACCCAGCUCCGGAUUAUGUCGCGAUAACUCGAAGUAACACCACUACAACAGGCUCAAGCACAUUCAGUCGCUCUCUGUCUGUCGACAAUCUCCGCAAGAACAGUCGAAGUUUAAGCCUUGGUGAUAGACCCUCCUCUGCACGCCGCACCACACGACAUGCUCACGAACGAUACGAAUACGCCUACGACAUCUACGCUGCUUCAGCCAAAAUGCAAUUCGUCAUAUCGGUUGAGCCCGUCCACGGAACCCCAACGCCAGGAAAAUACACCCUGACCCUCUCCCUCAGAGUCAACAAAAUGACGCGCUCCCUAUCUGAACCCGUAACGCUCAAACUCAGCGUGGACCCCCGACAACUAAACUUUGUCGUCUUCCUUAUUCCCGGAAAGACAAGCCUGCCCGUAGGAACACUCUUCUCAUAUCGUGUCUGGCUGCGAGUCAACGAAUUCUGUCAUCGCCUGUUCGGGGAGGACGACCUUUGGAUAGGGAAGGAUCCGGAUUUCUCGUGCAUUGCCGAUGCAUCGUUCGCCCGGCUAAGACGGGUGCUGCCCAGUUCCCAGGUGUAUGAUGCGCUCGUUGGGAGGGCCAAGGUUCAAUUUAUCAUUCGAUGGCAUCGCUUUAGCGAAUGCGUGUAUGAUUAUUCCUUGGAGUAUGAGUGUUGUGGAGUAGGAGCAGUCUUGUUCGAAGACCUAAGACUAAAACUUGAGUGUGAUCCGAGAGAAGUGACGUUCUGUAUCUAUACCGUUCCUUUAAAGUCCCUACCCGUCGGUGCAUCCCAUCGACUGCGGGUCUGGAUCAAAACCUCCUGCAGCGGACAAGCGUCGGAGCAUACAAUGCAUAACAUCACGCCCUUCACCGACUCACAUAUCUAUCAGCGAGUGUGGAAAUCGGACACCCUAAAAAUCGGCGCCAGACUCGACUUCGAUGCGCUGAGUAGCAAAAUGACGAUGGGCUAUAUGCAGGGCGGCCCCAAAACUGUGAUUACUACGAUGAGCUCGAGCGUUAAGAAGCGAUUUGGAUACACAGGCGCCAUUGGAGAAGAAAGCAAUGAGCCAGUGGAAAUAUGAAUAUGGACAUGAGUUUGAUGAUUCGUGACGUCAAGACUAGCAUAAUACGUGGAUACUUCCUUCUACUUUAUCCAAUUCAUGAUUUGAUUAUUGUACAGUUUUCUAUUUCUGUAAUAUGGUACACCCUCAUACAACUACUUUUGUCGCUAAAAAUUCGGUCCACUCCUUCUCUCCCCAACUGCUUGAGAUUUCGUUUGCAAUGAGGCCAUCCCAAAGGACCGUCGGAGAGACAUGAAUACCAUUUUGCCUCGAGAACUUGACUGUUACACCGGGGCCACAUG